AUUAUCGAUAUUUAUGAUUUAUCUAUGUUAUCCGUCUUCUGCUAAGAGAAGAGGUUAGAUUUUCGCUUUUUCCGAUUCAAAAUUAAAAUUAUAUUAAACAAUUAUUUUCAUGUGAAGUAAUAUAAGCAACACCGAAAAUUAAUAUUCAAAAUGGCUUGUCACUUCAUGGGCCAUCCGGCAUUCAGAAAUAUUAUUUUCAGAAAUAAUUCCUCUGAAUUCUUUUCACAGAAUUUGAUACGAACGUUGAAUCAUUCAUGUGGCGGCACUUCUACUACUACUCUGUUUAGUAGUAAGACUGAUGCAGGAACAGAAAGUUCUCCACCGAAUAGUUCGAACUUUGAAGGGAAUGUUGAUAAGACUGAACUGGAGAAACAUCAACAGCUUGUGAAUGAGUGGUGGGACCCAAGGGGCCACAUGAAAGGCCUUCACGCUAUGAAUGACUUGAGGGUGAAGUUUAUAGCUAAUGGUUUUAUAAAUGCUGGACAACUAAAAGAAGAUGAAACACAAGUAAACUCCAAAUACCUGCAAGGUUUGAAAAUAUGUGAUGUAGGCUGCGGAGGUGGAAUCCUAUCAGAAGUCUUAGCUCGUCUUGGAGCCGAUGUUACAGGCAUAGAACCUGGUGACGAUCUUGUAAAAUUGGCAACAGCGCAUGCAGAAGCCAGCACAUUGCCUAAUAAACCAAAGUACAUCUGUAGCUCGAUAGAGGAACACGCGAAAUCGGCAGAGAACACGUACGAUGGUUUAGUCGCGUCAGAAGUUGUCGAGCAUGUUCCAAAUAAGAAAGAAUUUCUUGAAGCAUGUCUACAAACUAUAAAGCCCGGGGGUUCACUAUUCAUAACAACACCAAAUCGCACGUUCGCCAGCUGGCUGGGUUCAGUGGUGAUUGCCGAAAAUGUGCUCAACAUUGUGCCCAAAGGAAUUCACAACUGGAAUCUGUUCAUCACACCCAGUGAAUUGAAAGCCAUUCUCGAAAAGCUUGGUUGUCGGAAUGUACUAAUGAACGGAGCGAUGUAUGACUUCAUAACUAACAGAUGGUUCUUCAGUACCUCACAGUUUCACUAUGUUCUACAUGCAGUUAAAGUUGAUAGGAGUAUUGAAUAAAACAGAUAAUUCUGGAUUUAUAAAAGCUUUCACAUUAUUUUAUAGUGGUGUCUGAUGUGUCAUAUAUUUAUACAAGUUCUCCGUUUCUAGAAUAAUUAUUAUGCUUCUUCAGUAUUUUCUGUGAAACUUAUCUGGCACAAGUAAUCUCCUUUUAAGCUUGUAUGUACUAGUUGAUUUUGUGAAUGUAUAAUAUUUGUAUUCUGUACCAUUAUAUUUUGAUUAAUGUAUCAUUCUAUGAAAUAAAUAUUCCAUAUCAUAAAUUA